AUGGAAAAGUCCCUCAAUCGGAACAACACCCGCAUGCUUGCCCAUGUCCUUAGCAACAGUUGGCGAGACCGAGUCACCAACGCCGAACUUUACGGCGACCUUCCAACUUUGUCAGACAGGAUCGAAUUCAGAACGCUUGGUCUUGCUCGCCAUUGCCACUGUCACCGCGAAUUGCCAACAAGCCAGCUUGUCCUGUGGCGGCCGACACACGGACACCUACGACGCGAUUGUCCAGAGUCUACAUUCAUAGACACUCUGAUUUUAUCGAUAAUUAUUGAGCGUUAUUAUCGACUUUAUCGAUUGCACUGGUCAGGUGCG